AUGAGUGCUGCCUUCGCAAGUGCUGCCUUCUCAAGGAGUGCUGCCUUUGCACAGAGUGCUGCCUUUGCACAGAGUGCUGCCUUCGCAAGGAGUGCUGUCUUCGCAAGGAGUGUUGCCUUCGCAAGGAGUGCUGCCUUCGCGAGGAGUGCUGCCUUCACAGGGAGUGCUGCCUUCGCAGGGAGUGUUGCCUUCGCAAGGAGUGCUGCCUUCGCAAGGAUUGUUGCCUUCGCAAGGAGUGCUGCCUUCACAAGGAGUGCUGCCUUCGCAAGGAGUGCUGCUGUCGCAAGGAGUGCUGCCUUCGCAAGGAGUGCUGCCUUUGCUAAAAGUGCUGCCUUCGCUAGGAGAACUGCCUUCGCUAGGAGUGCUGCCUUCGGUAGGAGUGCUGCCUUCGCACAGAGUGCUGCCUUUGCACGGAUUGCUGCCUUUGCACGGAGUGCAGCCUUCGCACAGAGUGCAGCCUUUGCUAGGAGUGCUACCUUCGCAAGGAGUGCUGCCUUCGCUAGGAAUGCUGCCUUUGCGCAAAGUGCUGCAUUCGCAAGGAGUGGUGCCUUCACAAGGAGUGCUGCCUUCGCUUGGAGUGCUGCCUUCGCAAGGAGUGCUGCCUUCGCAAGGAGUGCUGCCUUCGCUAGGAGUGCUGCCUCCGCACCGAGGCGUGCUGCCUCCGCAAAGUGUGCUGCCUUCCCAAGGGGUGGUGCCUACGCACGCAGUGCUGCCUUUGCAAAGAGUGCUACCUUCGCAAGGAGUGCUGCCUUUCCUCAGAGUGCUGCCUUCGCAAGGAGUGGUGGCUUCGCAAGGAGUGCUGCCUUCGCACGGAGUGCUGCCUUCGCACAGAGUGCUGCCCUCGCAGGGAGUGCUGCCUUCGCAAGGAGUGCUGCCUUCGCAAGUGAUGGUGCCUACGCACGGAGUGCAGCCUUUGCACAGAGUGCUGCCUUUGCAAGGAGUGCUGCCUUCACAAGGAGUGCUGCUUUCGCACGGAGUGCUGCCUUCGCACAGAGUGCUGCCUUCGCAAGGAGAGGUGCUUUCGUAAGGAGUGUUGCCUUCGCACCGAGUGCCGCCUUCGCAGGGAGUGCUGCCUUCGCAAGGAGUGCUGCCUUCUCAAGGAGUGCGUCCUUCGCUAGGAGUGCUGCCUUCGCUAGGAGUGCUGCCUUCGCAAGUUGUGCUGUCUGCGCAGGGAGUGCUGACUUCGCAAGGAGUGCUGCCUUCUCUAGGAGUGCUGUCUUCGCAAGGAGUGCUAUAUUUAGAAAGUGUGCUGCCUUCGCAAGGAUUGCUGCCUUUGCAAGGAUUGCUGUCUUCGCAAAGAGUGCUGCCUUCGCAAGGAGUGCUGCCUUCGCAAGGAGUGCUGCCUUCGCAAGGAGUGCUGCCUUCGCAAGGAGUGCUGCCUUCGCAAGGAGUGCUGCCUUCGCAAGGAGUGCUGCCUGCGCAAAGAGUGCUGCCUUCGCUAGGUGUGCUGCCUUCGUUAGGAGUGCUGUCUUUGCAGGGAGUGCUGCAUUCGCAAGAGGUGGUGUCUUUGGACAGAGUGCUGCCUUCGCUAGGAGUGCUGCCUUCGCACAUAGUGCUGCCUUCGCAGGGAGUGCUGCCUUUGCACAGAGUGCUGCCUUUGCAAGGAGUGCUCCCUUUGCAAGGAGUGAUGCCUUCGCAAGGAGUGCUGCCUUCGCAAGGAGGGCUGCCUUCGCAGGGACUGCUGCCUUCACAAGGGGUGGUGCCUUCGCAAUUAGUGCUGCCUUCGCAGGGAGGAGUGAUGCCUUCGCACGGAGUGCUGACUUCGCAUGGAGUGCAGCCAUCGCAAAGAGUGCUGCAUUCGCAAGUGGUGGUGCCUACGCACGGAGUGCAGCCUUUGCACAUAGUGCUGCCUUUGCAAGGAGUGCUGCCUUCGCAAGGAGUGCUGCCUUCGCUAGGAGUGCUGCCUCCGCACCGAGUGCUGCUUUCGCAGGGAGUGAUGCCUUCGCACGGAGUGCUGACUUCGCACGGAGUGCGGCCAUCGCAAAGAGUGCUGCCUUCACAGGGUGUGCUGCCUCCGCAAGGUGUGCUGCCUUCCCCAAGGGUGGUGCCUACGAACGGAGUGCUGCCUUCGCAAGGAGUUCUGCCGUCGCAAGUGGUGGUGCCUACGCACGGAGUGCAGUCUUUGCACAUAGUGCUGCCUUUGCAAGGAGUGCUGCCUUUGCAAGGAGUGCUGCCUUCGCACGGAGUGCUGCCUUUGCACAGAGUGCUGCCUUCGCAAGUAGUGCUGCCUUUGCACAGAGAGCUGCCUUUGCACAGAGUGCUGCCUUCGCAAGGAGUGGUGCUUUCGUAAGGAGUGCUGCCUUCGCACCGAGUGCUGCCUUCGCAGGGAGUGCUGCCUUCUCAAGGAGUGCUGCCUUCGCAAGGAGUGCUGCCUUCGCAAGGAGUGCUACCUUCGCUAGGAGUACUGCCUUCGCUAGGAGUGCUGCCUUCGCAAGUUGUGCUGUCUGCACAGGGAGUGCUGACUUCGCAAGGAGUGCUGCCUUCUCUAGGAGUGCUGCCUUGGCAAGGAGUGCUAUAUUUGCGAAGUGUGCUCCCUUCGCAAGGAUUGCUGCCUUCGCAAGGAGUGCUGUCUUCGCAAGGAGUGCUGCCUUCGCAAAGGGUGCUGCCUUCGCAAGGAGUGCUGCCUUCGCAAGGAGUGCUGCCUUCGCAAGGAGUGCUGCCAUCGCAAGGAGUGCUGCCUUCGCAAGGAGUGCUGCCUGCGCAAAGAGUGCUGUCUUCACCAGGUGUGCUAUCUUCGCAAGCUGUGCUGCCUUUACAACGAAUGCUGUGUUGGCAAGGUGUGCUGUCUUGGCGUGCUGUCUUGGCAAGGCGUGGUGCGUUCGCUAG